AUGUUCCGAAGGAAAGCCCCGGAAGUGGUGCGGCGUUCCGUCAUGGGGGCAGUUGGUAAAGCGGCGGAGGCCGACGAGACCCUGACGCAAAUUAUUCAAGUCUUUAGAGAUGCGGCGGAGCCCUUUUCGGAUCUUGAUGAGACGAUAGAGGGCACCGUUGCAAAGGAACAGGGCAUGCGGAUGGCUCGCGUGACGUCCCCCACUGUUCUUACUUUCAGAGGCUUCUCCGCCUCGUUGACGUGCCCCAAGAAAUUUUACUUAAUGCAGAACCGUCGAGAUUUGAUACCGAGCAUAUCCAUUGGCGAGGCCGUGCGCCUUGAUGAUGGAGCGGCGUUUAACGAACUUGCGCGGAGGUGGGAUCGCCUCCAGUUCGGUAGUCGGGCCGUCGUUGUGCAUGAGCGGGACUUUGACCUGGCGGUGCAGCGAACAGAGGAGGCUCUUGUGAACUACUUCCAGACUGUGCACGCACAGUUGGGCGAGCAAGCGCCGGCGCUAACGAUUCACCGCCCUGCCUUUGCUGCGCCGUUUGGUGGAAACACAAUAUCAUCAACGGCAGCCAGCCCGUUGGUUCUUCAGGCACGACCGGCUGUACUGCGUUUUCGCCCCAAAGACAAUCAAUGGGUUAUUCUGGAGACGGCCGCUGUGAUUGACCCAUUUGGGAAUGCCACACGCCUUGCGCAGUGCCUUCAGCGUCUGCAUUUUACAACGCUCGCCUUUCGGUAUUGGGUAACCCAGACGCACAUACCAAUACAAAUACGCAAGCGUUUUCUCAACAUUGACCUUGACACGGUUACAGAGGAAAGUCUUAAGGGUCACCGUCUGGAGUCAACGGCGCAAGUGGCAGUUCCACUUGAUUUAAAACGUAGUGGAUUCCUGCACAUUCGACAGUUUUUUCCGGGACCCGUGACAAUCAUGGACUGCGAUCCCUCACGUCUCGUGAAGUAUGUGCAGCGGCUUUCAUUGGAGGACAUGUUGGAGGCGGACACGAAUUCCAAUCAUAGAACAUCUGGAGCCUUUGAUCUAAGUAACGUCAGUCUACGUGCGGAACCGCUUGUGACGGAUUUGCAAAAAGAGGUGGAGAAAUUACAGAAAAGAGGGCUGGAUCAUCGGCACCUCGGCAGUAGCACCUCUAGCCGAGUUGCAAAGAAGAAAGAAACAGAGUUGAAGGAGCUGUUCACGGCGCAACAAAAGCUUUUAGAAGCCCUCAUUCAUACUCAUACAUUGCGGCUGAUUGAAAGGGGUCGCGAUGCUUCAAACGUGACGAAAUGGACCAGCUUUGCACACCUCGACGGUGAAAUUGUGAAGGCCACAUUUGACGAGGGGGGAGUGAGUGACGAGAAUUCAACCGGGGGCAAUGGUGGCCGCAAGAAGAGUUCUUGUCAAAAGAAUAAAAAGAACGGGGAGCAAAGAGGAGCUUCAAGUUGUAGCAACGGCAAUGAAUUGCCUUGUGUACCAACGUACUCGGAAUUCAUAGGUGCCCAUUGUUCCCGCGGUGAUGUAUGCCCUUUUUACGCGGAGGGUUUGUGUCUGCCAAACAGAAUUGAAGAUCCAUUGAAGCAAUGUGACAACCACCUUUUUAGCCUCCCCUCGACUUCUAUUUCACGCAAGGCGAUGUGGUGGACGCAGGGGCUUCGUACCGCACGCGAUGUCUUGUAUCAAUAUAAGAAGGGAACUGUGAAACUAACGGCACCGCAGCUGCGUCAUGUGAAGGCCGUUGCUGCUGGUAAGUUGUUUUUAAACCCGAAGGAAAUUGAGAACUUCUUUUCUCGCAUUCGGUAUCCGGUGUUUUUUAUUGACUUUGAGGCGACGCAGUUUGCUCUCCCACCAUUUGAAAAAAUGGUAGCGUACCAACCAACCCCGUUCCAAUUUUCUAUCGAUGUGUUUCAGGAGGACAUACUCAAUGAGACCCCCACCCACUAUGACUACCUGCACUUCGGCAAGGGAUAUUCCCCCAACGUUGAUCCGCGUCGUGGGUGUGUCAAGGAGUUGAUGCGAAUUGUGCAUUUGGAGCGUGAGAAGAAGCGACUGUCAAUGGCAAAGUCGGGUGAGCUUGGGAGAAUAGAGAAGCAAAAGCUGCUUCAAGAGCAGAAAGAAAGGGAGGCUGCGAAGGGGACGAAACGGCGCGGGCGACCGACGACCAAA